AUGUCGUCUAUUCAACCCCAGUUAAAAUUCACAGAUCAGGGUGACGAAAGGCUGUACUUCAGAAAGUAUUCUUCAUUACCGGCAAAGGACAAAUCCACUGUUCGUAUUAUCGAACACAACAAUAAGGAUUACUUCACUGUCCUAAAUGAGGAUGCAGACUUAAUCGCAGAUGCAGUCUAUAAGACAUCAAGUGUUAUCAAGACUUCGACACAAAAGUACAGAUUUGUGACUAUUUCUCCUCAAGUGUUGGCAAAUACUGUCAUCCGGUUCUUACUCGUGGAGAAAUCUUUCAAGAUUGAAUUCUACUCUCACAAACUGUUUCAACUAUUGAAUGCCGCUACCCCAGCAAACUAUGAGAAUAUGGUCUUGGAAUACGGUGUCAAUUUGGAUUCCAUGCAGCCAUCAUUCUCAUCCCCUAUUAUAGCCAGUAUCAAGGUCGAUGGUAAAAAUAAGAUUGGUGUGUGCUUCAUUGAUUUAAGUUUAAAUAAGAUUUCCUUGACAGAGUUUGUCGAUAAUGAUUUGUUUUCAAACUUGGAAUCGCUAGUGAUUCAAAUUGGGAUCAAGGAAGUGAUUGUUCAAAGCACCAGUGAAAAUAGCGAAUCUAGUGAAGCUAACAAGCUUUACCAAGUUCUCGAGAAAAAUGAUGUUGUCAUUUCCUCCAUCAAGCCUUCCUUGUUCAAUGCAAAGGAUAUUGAACAAGAUUUGUCGAAAUUAAUAACCCCCAGUGAUGGCGCCAGUAGUGAAAAAAUUGAGUUAAUUCUUGGUUCCAAGGGUAUUAAUAGUAUUGAUUUCGGUUUGUCAUUCCAGUGUACAGCUGCACUCAUCAAUUACCUUGGAUUGCUUUCUGAAAGCGAAAUUAAGGCAUUUACCAUAGACAAGUACGAUUUGAACGCCUACAUGAAGUUGGAUCUGUCCACUGUAAAGGCAUUAAACAUUUUCCCAUCCGCAUCUCAAAAUUCACCAAUAGCCGGAAACAAUAGUGGAAGCAACAUAACCUCCAUAUUUGAGUUACUUAACAAAUGUAAGACUCCUGCAGGUUCUAGGCUCUUAUCACAAUGGCUCAAACAACCAUUGACAACAUUAUCCUCAAUCGAAGAGAGGCAACUAUUACUCCAAUUGUUAAUUGAUGAUACAAACUUGAGAAUUUUCAUCAGUAAGGAUUUUCUUUCUCAGGUUCCUGAUAUUAAAAGGUUAUUGAAGAAAAUUAGCGGGGGUAUUAAGAGGACUUCUACCAACAAUGAAAACAAGAAAUUAGAAGACAUUGUAAGAAUAUAUCAAUUAAUUAUAGUAUUGCCGGAUUUAAUUAAUAUACUCAAGUUAACUAUUGAAGAGCAAGAACAACAAAAGAAUGCCAAAGUAGCUAAAUUGAUUGAAGAAUACUGGUUAACCCCAAUUUCAAGUUACUACGAUUCCCUUCUUAAACUUCAAGAACUUGUGGAAACUACAAUUGACUUAAGCCCAUUGGAGUAUGCCAGUUCUACUAGCUCUGCACUCUUAACUGACUUCAAAAUAAAGCCCGAGUUUGAUGAAGACUUGAUAAACAUCAAUGAGAAAUUGGAAAAUGCAUUAUCCACUAUAAAAGAACAUCACCAAGAAGUCGGUGAUGAUUUAUGUAUCGACAUCGAUAAAAAGUUGAAGUUAGAGAAUCACCAGCAACACGGCUGGUGUUUUAGAGUUACUAGAACAGAUUCAUCUAUUCUUAGACAAGCUAGCGAAAACAAGUAUAUUGAGUUGCAAACUGUAAAGGCAGGUAUUUUCUUUACCACCAAGAAGUUAAGGGGGUUGUCAAACCUGUAUCAAGAUUUAACUCAAGAGUAUAACUCUAAACAGAAGGAAGUUGUUAAACAAAUAUUGUCGAUUUCAUUGACUUAUUCAAUUGCAUUGAAUGGAUUGUCAAUGAUUUUGGCACAUUUAGAUGUUAUGAACAGUUUUGCAAAUGUUUCUAUAUUUGCGACAAUCCCAUAUGUUAAACCAGAAUUGAUCCCAAUGAUAUCCAGCUCAGAUGACAUUAAAAUAAGAAAAUUACAUUUAGAAAAUGCCAGACAUCCAAUUUUGGAAGUCCAAGACGAUAUUAACUUUAUUGGUAAUGAUGUUAAAUUGGGCCAAAGUGGAAAACCUGAAGAUGGCUGUCCCUUUGCAAUUAUCACUGGACCUAACAUGGGAGGUAAAUCUACUUAUAUUCGUCAAAUUGGUGUCAUUUCAUUAAUGGCACAAAUUGGAUGUUUUAUUCCAGUUGAACCUGAUUCAAAACCGAUAGUCCCUAUAUUUGAUGCUAUUCUUUCAAGAAUUGGAGCCGGUGAUUCUCAAUUGAAAGGUUUGUCUACAUUCAUGAUUGAGAUGUUGGAAACGUCUUCUAUCUUGUCUACAGCCUCUCAUAAUUCCUUGAUUAUCAUAGAUGAGUUGGGUAGAGGUACGAGUACAUACGAUGGAUUUGGAUUGGCGUGGUCAAUUCUGGAACACUUGAUUAAGGAAAUCAAUUGCUUUACGUUAUUUGCAACACAUUUUCAUGAAUUGACAGAAUUAUCGAAAAAAUACCAAUCUAAGGUAGAAAAUUUGCAUGUGGUAGCACAUAUAGAAGAAAAAAAGAACGGUGAGAAGAAUAACGAUGAGGACGACAUUACUUUAAUGUAUAAAGUUGAACCUGGCAUUUCUGAUAAAUCAUUUGGUAUUCAUGUGGCGGAGUUAGUGAAAUUCCCUACUAAAAUUGUUAAUAUGGCAAAAAGGAAAGUAUCCGAAUUACAGGGUACGACAAAUGAGGAAGAUUCUGUAAUUCAAAACAAGAAAUCUAAAUGUAACUCUGAAGAAUUUAAUACAGGAAUCACAAACUUAAAGAUGAUUUUGAAAGCAUGGAAGGAGCAAUGUGUCGAUGCAACUUCUGGUAAAUUUGAGAUGAAUUCUCAAGAAGCUGUUGGGGUAUUAAAAGAUUUGGUAGGAAACAAGUACAGUGAAAUGGUAAAGAAGGAUAAGUUUAUCAAUGAGGUCCUUACAAUGUUGUAA